CUUCAGUCAUUAUCACUUAAGGGAAGUAACCACGCCGUGGUAGGAAGAUUCAAGCCAGUAAAACUAUCUUUCUGCAGUGUUGCAGGUUUUUUUUGAUAGACAUUAUACAGUUGAUGGUUUAGCGAACGAGAUCGAAGAAAUAGGGUUGUUUACAGACGUUUUAUUUCGUUUUGACUUGAAAUUCAGUUAGAAACAUGUCUUUUUAAUACAGCAUGGAGCAACUAUAAGCGUCGGCAUGCACAGUGCAAGGCAAAAAGUAAACUAUUCCAUCUUUACAACUGCUAAGCAGUUGGGCUCUAAUACCGUCCGCGGUAUUGCGGUGAGCCAACCAAUACCUCUUCUUCUCGAUCGAAGGAAACAAAAACUGGCAAGUUAACCUGCCAUCUAAGUGUUCUGUUUAAGUCUUUUUUUCGGAACCCGUCACCCCUCGCCAAAGCUAGAUAAUCCGCCAUGAAACCCCAAGACAUCUUAUUGGGAAAAAACAGCCUAUGGAUCUUCGGAUAUGGUUCGUUAGUCUGGAAGCCAGACUUCAAGUACAAAAAAAGCAAGGUCGGAUACAUCAGGGGCUACAAAAGACGUUUCUGGCAUGGAGACAACUUCCAUCGAGGAGACGAUGAAAUGCCCGGAAGAGUUGUGACGCUAAUCGAAGAUGAUGACGCGUGCACAUGGGGCACAGCUUUUGAGGUCAUUGGCACACAAAUGGAGGAGUGUCUGAAGUACCUGAACAUGAGGGAGUCUGUGCGGGGCGGGUACAUUACCAAGUUGGUGGAAUUUUUCCCUCAUGGCCAAAAUCAAUUACCUGUUCCAGCUGUGGUUUACAUUGCCACCCCUGAAAAUCCAAUGUACCUGGGACCAGCAAGUCCAGAGGAAAUUGCAGCCCAGAUAAUUGUUUGCAAAGGCAACUCGGGGCACAACAUCGAGUACCUGCUUCGCCUGGCCGAGUUCAUGAGGAUCACCUGUCCAGAUGUAGAGGACACCCAUCUGUUCUCUAUAGAGGCAGCUGCCCUAACCCUUGUGCCUAUAUUAUUGGCAUCCAAAAAGUCUGUAUCUGUUCUGUAAGCUUAAAUGCUGUGGCUGUUCAACACUUGUAAAUCCGUUCUGUGUAGGGUGUGUGUAAUAUGACUUGGUGCUUGUAUGUACCCUGUGUGCGCUUUUCCAUCGGAGAACACAAAGGGAGAACAAAGGGAAGUCUUUGAUGUUGUGUAUUAAAUAAGAGCUGCAGGUGUAUGCCACUGCUGUUGUGUGGAUCUGAUUAAGGAAUGUUUAACUUGGUCAAAACUGGUCCUGUGAACUUUUUUUUUUUUUUUUCAUUAUUAGUUGAAAAGAAACUAUUGCUCAGUAAAACACUUGUGCAGCCAAAAUAAAAAUUAAGGCAUGAAUUA